AUGAGGUUCUUGUCGAAUACCUUGUCACAGUAUUCUACGCACUCCGUCGAGUUUUCUUUGAAGAUUGUGGCCAAAGCAAGCAAGCUGCUGCCGACAAUGCUUAUCUCGGGGCUUCUGGGUAACUCCAGCCACUUCGAGGCUCUGGACUAUGUGGCAGCUCUGUUCUUGUGCGUUGGCACUGCGCUUUUCUCUUGCGGUGGCAGCCGUGCACCCAAUGCUACAAACACAUCGCAGGUGGUGCUUGGUAUGGUAGCACUUGGUUUAUCCUGCAUUUUUGACGGCCUGGUCCCAAAUCUGCAGCAGAAGAUCAUGCGAAGCGGUGUGACCUCUGCCGAGCUAAUGGCCCGCACCAACGCCAUUGGCUUACUGACAGGUCUUGCUGGCGUCCUGCUAAGCGGCGACAUGAUGUCAGUGGUUGAGUACGCAGGACACGAGCCUCAGCUGCUGUGGCUGAUCCCAGCAAUCGGGGUAUCUUUGGCAGGCAGCGUGCUUUGCUACACGGAACUGGUGGCCUCUGCGGGCUCCGUUGCAUCUGUCGCUGUCGCGACGUUGCGCAAGACCGCGUCGCUGCUGCUUUCGCAGCGUGACUGA